AAUGGAGCAAGUCCGGAGCAAUGAGAGAGUGAAACGAUCCGAGUCUCUUCUCCACGAGUAACGCCGUCUAGGCGACCAGCGGAACGGACGCGCCGAAGAGGAGUCAGCAAAAAUGACGACGCCUGCUCUCGCGAACAGAUGAUUGCCGGCUGCCCGAGCGCGCGGAUCGACGUCGACGACAUGGACGAGAGCCUGGAGCGUUGCGUCAAGUCCCUCGAGGAGAACACGGAGGACGUGCGGGACGAAGCGCGACGAGCGUUGCUGACCAUCUGCCGGAACGUGCUGAGGUCGCCGAGCAAUUACAGGUCCCGCGAGCUGCGCCUCGACGACGAGGUCGUCGUCGAGAAGCUUCUGCCGGCCGUCGGCGCCUUGGAGUGCCUGUUCGACGUCGGCUACGUCGAGGAUGGAGAACGCAUAUUCCUACCGCAAAACGUGUCCCUGCUGAAGAUCCAGAGUUUGUCGAGGAUGCUGUGCACCGCGACCGGGAGUCCCAUAACCGACGACAUCGACAAGAGGUCGACGGCGCAGAAGGCGUUCUUCGACAAAAUCGUCGGGCACUUUCGCGGCGUCAUGCACUACGAGGACCCGAAUUUACAAAGGAAGGCCAAAAGUGUCGUGCCGGUCGGGCGAUUAGAAAUUGCGACGAUGACGAAGAUGAGGGAUCUGCAAAAAUCCUUGAAGUUAGACAACGCCGAAGCCGCCGCCUCCUCGCAAUUCGAGGGGGAAUUGAUAGCCAAGGAUUUAUUCCUGGUCGAGCUUCUACGCUGGUUUAAGCACGAAUUCUUCGAAUGGGUCAACAGCCCGAAGUGCCCGACGUGCUCCACCGAAUGUACGUACGAGGAUGCGAUACAAUCUUCAGAUCCUCAUUGCUCAAGGAUAGAGUUGCACAGAUGUCAAAAGUGCAAUAUAGUUGUCGAAUUUCCUCGUUAUACGCAUCCAGAGCCACUGCUGACCCUGAGACGCGGUCGCUGCGGGGAGUGGGCUGAUGUCUUCACCCUCCUAUGCCGAUCGUUAGGGUACGACGCGCGAUUUAUAUGCGACGAGACGGAUCACGUCUGGACGGAGAUAUGGUCGGCGUCGAACAAGAGAUGGGUUCACGUAGACCCGUGCGAAAACGUCAUAGACAAGCCGCUGAUGUACGAGAGGGGGUGGCAGAAGAAGCUGACGUAUGUAAUAGCCUACUCCAGGGACGAGGUGCAGGACGUCACGUGGCGUUACACGCGGGACCAGGAGGCCGUGAUGAAGAGGCGAAAAGCUUGCGCCGAGCAGACCUUGAUGCAUCUGCUCGAGUCGUUGAGCCACCAGCGGCAGAGCUCCGCCGGUUACAGCCGCGCGCGUAGGGAGUACAUCGUCAAGCGGAAACUGCUGGAGCUCGCCGACAUGCUGUACAUUCCAAAUUCGCAGGACAAGGAGUCCGACGAGGAGACCUACGAGGGACGCACCUCCGGUUCUGUUAUGUGGAGACUGGCACGAGGCGAAAUUACGCCGCAGGUCGACACGGAGAAGAAUUAUAUUUGGGACAUCUCCAAAUACGGCGAGACGUUCGAAUUGCAAUACAACAUCGUUAAAGAUCAAUACCGCGUCACGCGCGACGCCAGCACCGUUCUGGAGGAGAAAUCCGGAUGGCUGGAAGGGAUGAACGCCACGGAGGGUGGAAUCUUCCGUAAGGCGGAGAACGAUUGGAAGAUGGUCUAUUUGGCGCGGUCACCGCAGGCGAAACGCGGACGUGUCAAGUGGACACUCGAAGUCGCGAAUUCCGCGUCGCGUCUCGAGGAGUUUUCUUUGCGAGCCAAGUCGGAGGUGUUCCAGGGCGCGACGGUAUCCUGGGAGAUCGAGGCCGUCUUCGACGACAGAACGGUCGUUAUAGCCGUGCCCGACUGCGGCAACUUUCGCACGGAGGAGGUGAGAGGGGCGGUGCGAUUGAACGUAAUCGUAACGCUGUCCGGCGGACAGGGCGAACUGGCCUGGCAGCACGCUCAGCUCUUUCGACAAAGUCUGAAUGACACCGAGGAGCCGUCUAUGUUAAUUAGUGUUAGGCGAUCCCCAUUAUGCUCACGAAGCUCUUAGAAUCAUUUUGUCCAUGUUGAUCGAAUAAAUCGUAUUGAAUAAAGACAAAUAAUGAUCACGAGCGCUGUGAGCGUAAAUCGGACCGCAGCCUUAGACUGAAAGAUCGCCGCGGGUGAUGCCAAGCCUAUUACGCUCCACGUUAAUCGUCCAACUUUCACGGAUUAAAUUAUUUAUGUGCAAUGAUCUCUUUGUCACCGUGAGACUUAUGUCGAAUAAAAAUGUAGCAUUUGUUUUA